CGCGUUGGGUGAGUAGUGGGGGUGCCAGCAACAGCACUGGUGUGAGGUGACCUUCUGUUUCGUCAGUUCGACCGUGAUCGACCGUUUUGUCUAACCGCACGCCCUCCGGAAAGACGACUGUUGAGAAACCAAUCAGGCUAUAGCCGAGGUUAUCCAUCUGCGGGCCGACACAUCAUUUCCUCAAGAACGACGACCGUGCUGAGGUGUCAGCCCGAUUCGCGGAUAUGAAUUUCGUUUGCUGGAGCGCGAGGUUCUUCCUUUUGCGGAGAUCGACCUCUCACAGCAUUCAUUAGUGGGGUUGAUCAGGCCGUCAGGCCGCCUAGGGUACUUUCCUGAAGCCGCUGCCGCAGGCUUUAGAGCCACCCUUUGACAUUCCGUGAACGCUGCUGCUGCUUUUGCUUGACGUUGCUGCCGAGCGCCGUGCGACAUUGAUGUCGAACGGCGGAUCUCCUCUCGAACGUUUGAUCCCUCCUGGAUCUCUGCUGGCAUGUUUCAAUGUUGUGACGGCCAGUGCAAUUGGAACCGGCGUCCUCACGCUCCCUUGGGCCAUCAAGGAGUCAGGACUCGGCCUUGGAUUGAUACUUGUCGUGUGCGCGGCUCUGGUGGCCAACAUCUCACUCAACAUUCUCAUGAUGGCAGCCUGCAAAACGAGGAGUCGCUCGUAUGCGGAUCUAUUGGCGUGGUGCAUUGGCCCCUUGGCAGGCCCGCUAAUAGACUUCCUCAUCUUUUUCGAGACAUUGGUGUCCAUAUCGUGCUACUUCAUCUUCCUGGGGGACUUCUCGAGCGAGCUCCUCAUGCUCUUCGAUGUCCCCGCGUAAGGAUGAUCGGGCGAAGGAUGGGGUUCAGUGGCGAGUUCGUGUGAUUGUAGGUGGUUGAAGGAGAAGAGCAACCUCGUCUUACUGUCACUCGUCAUCAUUGCCCCGUAAGAGUGUCAAAAGGACGUGGACUGACUCAGCGAGCCCACUCUUAUUGUUCUUCCAGUCUGUGCCUGCCCUCUAAGCUUUCGUACCUGCGGUAUACGUCUACUGUAUCGCUUGUGGGCCUCUUCUGGACCACAGUUGUGGUGGUCACAAAAACGCCAUCACUCUAUCGUCAGAGAACCGGACAGGCAUCUGGUAUAGGCGGAAACGGCGAGGCAGGAGAACAUUCGAUUCAAUGGAUGGUCUUGUCACCUGACUGCCUAAAGACGGCCAGCAUUGGGGUUUUUGCCUUCUUCUGGUAAGCCGUGCACAGAUGUGGCAAGACAAGACGGCCUUUUCCUGCCGUGUUGGUCACUUCAGCCACUUCAACAUUGUGCCCGCGGCACGUGAGCUGAAGAAUCCAACUACAAGUGAGGCACACUGACUCAAGCGUCACGCAGCUGAUUCUUCCUCUCUUGGCAGAUCGCAUGCUCGCUUUGACCACCACAUCGUCGAUCUUCUUGGUGGUUUUCUUCUCAUUGUUGGCUUCAUGCGGAUAUCUAUCUUGGCUGGACGACUUGCAAGAGGACUUCCUUGCGAACUAUCCACCGGAAGAUCCGCUGGUUAUUGUGUCAAGGUCAGAAGAUCAGCCCGGUUGCGCAAAUGAAGUGCUAAAAAUGGUCUUUCUGGGCAGGGUUUUACUUACUGCGACGAUGGUGUGCAUGGUGCCGGUAAGAGAAAAAACACCAAGGACAGAACUGUUGUCUUGCUUCCCUCAGCUGAUGGUGCAUCCAAUGCUUUCCUCGCUUACGGCACUCGCCCAGUGGAAUACCACGAGGUGGGCAUUCUGGCGACUAUGAAUUGUUGCAAACUUCUUGUUGGCAGGUCUGACGACAAGCGGACACACGAUCGGCUUCUCCCAGCAGGGACCGGCAGCGACGUUCAAGCGUCAUCGUAUGGCACAGCUGACGAGACUUCUUCGUCCUUUUGCGAGGGUCGUAGAGACGAUGAUCCCGAGUCAGGGAGGACCCGGCGAUAUGCUCAGCGUGGGGAGAAAGACGCUCAAGUUCCCCCCGCAGUUGGGGGAUCAGCAGAGCCAGGCAAGGCGAAAAGGAAUGGAGUCCUCAAAGUGGGAGGGCUUCCUUUCCGUGUCGGCGUGGUGGCAGUCAUUCUUACCACAAACGUGUAGGCGCAGAGUGGGCUCACGUUUUAGGAGCCAAGUGUGAUUCUUUUCUUAAACAGGUUGGUGGCACUUUAUUGGCCUGAUGUUGCCAAUUUGAUAGCCCUGAUAGGAGGCACGUUCGAUACGCUCUUCGUAGUGACCUUCCCUGCAGUGAUCUAUUAUUGUGUCCUUGCUGAUUCGCAUUCUCGACCAGUCAGGUGCUUCGUCAUCGGUUUCCUGCUCCUCUUCACCUUGGUAAGUCCGCGCAAGGUUUAUACUCCCUGUUGUUGAUUUCUGCUGUCAUAUUCCUUCAGGUGUGUUUCGUGUCUGCCGUUCUCGUGUUAUGUGAGACAUUUCUGUCAUUGAGACAACACUAGAAAUACAACGCAUGCGGACCAGUAGCCCGCUAUUGACACAUUCAUCAUCAUCCGCCUCAG